AUGGGAGAAGCUAUAGAACCCCACGAGCGAGCUCGAGCCCAAGCCCAAGCCCAAGCCCAGAAACGAUCCUCCUCACAAGCAUCUACCUCAUCGAUACGCAGCCAGAGAGGCAAAACAGUCCGUUCGAAACCUAUCAAACGUCUGAGCACAUGUUCGUCAACGCAUACGGCCACAGAUCUUACCUCGUUCCCUUCUCUGUCUCCGGAUAGGUCACCGGAAGGAUUUUUUGGUGAGCCAGCGUUGAACCAUGCUCUAAGUCGGGCGUUGCUCGCCGGGAAUAAUGACAAAGAACCGGACGUUGAGCGUGGGAGGAAGGCAACUCUGGAAGGACUCACUACAACCUUACCCCAACUCUCCGGUAGAGCUGCAUUGUUCAGUGACUCAGCACCCACGCUGGAUGUCCCCGGAGCACUUCACCUGGCUAGUGAUGACCAUAUCGAACGACUAAUAGCUCGGACCGGAGCCGUGAGGUUGAUACGGCAGUUUGCAAGAGACCUCGCGUUGCGCGAUGCGGAAGUAUCGGCGUUACGGCUGCGUGCUGAUGACCGGGAACGAGAGUUGAAGAAGAUGUUACGUGAAGUUGAAGUGUCGAAUCGUGAUAUUGAACGUCGACUCUAUCUGCUCGAAAACGCACCGGAUGGUUCCAUAAAUACCUCAAAAACCGACUCUACAGAGCCGUCUUCAGGGCAGAGAAGCUUGACAUCCUCUAUUGAUAAUAUGAUGAAUCAGGCAAUGUUGGAAGGCGUAGGGUCCCACCGAGAUGACCUAGAGGCCACCAUCAGACCCCAUCGCACCGACAGUGAACCUAAGUCUGGUAACUCAAGUGCAGGAUCGUCUAAGAAGCCUACGAAUACUACCGGACGGGGUUGGCAGGACUAUAUUUGGGGCACGUCAACCGCCAGCCGGAGACAAAGCAGAGCAAAUAGUGUCGGGAGUGAGGCUGGUGAUGGACUUCGAAUCCCAACAUCAACAUCAAACCGACGCAAAGCACUCGAUGGCCAGCUCUUCCAACCCCCGGGCGCUGCCGUAGACACUACUAGCGUUACUACCGACGGGACAACAGCAUACAAAACUGGUGAUGGUGACGAUCGAAGCAUCAUCUCUCAGCGCUCUAAUUACUCAGUAGCUUCCUGGACUGUCAAACUUUUUGCUGGGAAGGGAAAAGAUAAUCAAGAUACAGCUCGAAGCCGAGCAUCAUCAAGAAAUCCUGAGUUUAGGCAGAGCAACCCGUCCACUGCGCCUCGGGCAUCCACUCCUGCCGGAUCUGCUUUAGCUGCAUUAGCCAGGAUAAACGGUGCCACUGGCGUACAACAAUUGUCUGCUCGGUCGUCUGCCUCGUCGACUAUGCGUAGUUCGACUAUGAACAACGCAACGAAGCCGCGUCGGCUGAGAGUUCAAAGCACUUCUGGUGCAGGAACCCCCGGAAGUGCUCACCCUGACAGUGAGGCAACCAACCUGGGUCCUGUUGAGAUGGAUGCAAUUCUACCAAUGGAAUCUCGCCCUCCUACGCUUGCCUAUAUCCAUGGAGAGUACAAUCCGGGCGAUCUGCUCACUGAUCGGUUUGGCUUCAUCUACGAUCAACGGAGAAAUCGCCGCCAAAGAGAGGCAAAUGAGAACCGGCCUUCUGAGGAGCUUCCCAGCUCGGGCUGCCCUGCAGAGAUAGAUAACUCAGGUGAAGACAGUAGUGGUUCUGGACUUGGAAGAUGGCAAGACUAUCUAAAGACCGCGACAAGGCCCACAGAACUUUUGUCACAUACUCCUGCAGCUGGACCUGUUGUCUCAGUGGAACAAAUUACCCAACCCAAACCACGCGUAUCUUCUGUUGCAGUUGGGAAGAGCGGCCCGGUUCCCAUGUCGAAUAGCUCUGCACAACCAUCUGCGUCCACAUCUACGGUCAUCUCAAACCGUGCUGAGUUUGCGGGUGCAGAGGCUCGACCCCGUGAAACCUCCAUAUCCGAACAGCAACCUGUAAAACUGCUUCUGCAACGUUUGACAGAAUUGCAUGAUGCAUCGCAGCAAGAACGAACCGUAAAAUGGAACGAAUUUAUGCGGAAAGUGCGUGCCGAAAGACGAAAGGAAGGCGAAGCCACUGCUGCACUGACCCUGCCUGAUCGAUCGAAGACUUCUCGUGAUAUGCCUGAGGUAGCGCUGGCAGAUGGCGAGGUCAUCGGAAUUGCCGGCCUGGGGAAUAAGGGAAAAAUUGGUCGCGCUAAAUGGAGAGAGUUUAGAAACCUUGUCCUGGGUGGCAUCCCAGUUGCAUACCGUGCUAAGAUCUGGUCUGAGUGCAGUGGUGCCUCAACCCUCCGAGUGCCAGGAUAUUAUGACGACCUUGUUAACGGCCACAUAACUACUCAAGCUGAUCCCGGAGCAACUGCCCAAAUUGCCAUGGACAUUCACCGCACCCUGACAGAUAAUAUAUUCUUCCGCAAGGGGCCGGGAGUCGCAAGAUUGAAUGAAGUCCUUCUGGCUUACUCUCGCCGCAAUCCAGACGUCGGAUACUGUCAAGGCAUGAAUCUCAUUGCCGGUUCGCUUCUUUUAAUUCUUCCCACCGCAGAAGAUGCAUUCUGGGUCCUGGCGUCGAUCAUUGAAAAUAUCCUUCCUCCUCACUACUAUGAUCAUGGCCUUGUGGCGUCGCGGGCAGAUCAGCAAGUUCUGUGCCAGUACGUCUCCGAGCUGCUACCAAAUCUAUGGGCGCAUUUCGAAAACCUAGGUAUCGAGCUCGAAGCUUUAACUUUCCAGUGGUUCCUUUCGAUCUUCACUGAUUGCUUAUCAGCAGAAGCCCUCUACCGUGUAUGGGAUGUUGUCUUCUGUCUAAACGCCCCCACUACCUUUUCGUCUGUGGCUUCAACGUCGGCCCAGGAACCUGCCGAAACUGGUACAAGUGGCUCUACUACUUCAAAGGCUGCCUCAUCUAUUUCGACCGUCGACGGAGACGUUACCAGUACGAACAGCGAUGGAGGGGGAAGCACAUUCUUCUUCCAAGUUGCCUUGGCGCUUCUCAAACUCAACGAGCAGCAACUCCUGACUACUUGCUCAACGCCAGCUUCUGUUUAUUCAUACCUCAACCACCAAAUGACUAAUCAUGCAAUUAGUAUUGACGGCCUUAUUCAGGCUAGUGAAGCAUUGCGGAACGUCGUUAAAAGGGAAGAUGUACUCAAUAGGCGCUCCGCUGCAAUGGAAGCAAUGGCUGCAUCUUCAGCUCCUUCCCAUAUACCUCAACCAACCCCUGCAUAA